GGAGGAUGAGCGUGGUCUGAAUAUUUCCAAUCAACAUACAUAGGACGAGUUCGCCAAACACUGGAGGAAUGAGUUUCCAGACGGAGAGGUUCCCGACAUGGACCUGAACUCCGUAGAGGACGUGGAGUCGGAGCUGGAGGCGUGCAAAGCCAAGCUGAAGGGGCUUCAGAAGGCGCUGGCGGAGGAGAAAUUCAAGGUGAUCUACCUGCAGACCACCGUGGCCCGGCGCAGGAAAGAUGAGAACUUCAACGCGGAAACAUUCGGCUUUUCUAAGACGGGGGGGCCUCGGAAACCGCAGCGGAGGGACGACGAAGGCGGCGGGAGCAGCGGCAGCAGGGACCCCGGGGGAGUGAAGCCUUCGCCGGCCGGCGGAGGCUCCUUCGGCCGGGAGCGCGGCAGGUUCAGCGGGAGGACCGGCAUCCCCGUCCCCAUCCCCGUCCCGCCGGCCCCCAAAGGCGGCUUCCACAGCACCGACAACAAGGUCCCCGCCAUCGUCACUCACGCCAAUGACAACGACAAGAGCAGCGACCGGGAGUACGAGGACGCGGAGCUGAACCACAACUUCGUCAGGAAUAACUUGUUGACGCCGAAGAGCGUCGGCGGGGACGGCCAGAGGACGUUCAACCUGCACCGGGACAACCGCAGGAUGUUCCGCCACAGCAGGGACCUGGACUCCUGCGAGGAAGGCAGGCAGUCGCCCUCGUUCCCGCAGACCCAGCUGAGAGCCUCGCAGGGAUCCCGCUGCAGCACCCCCGACAGGAAGAGCGAUGGAUACCUGAGCUCCGACCACGACGACGACUCCUCUGCAGGUAAGGUCUUCAUGAAAACAUCUGAUCUCACACUGCAUUUCACCUGUGCAAUCUGUGACAGUGAUUUUAACACGUAG